AUGCGGAAGAAAGCCGCAGCAUUAGUAGCACCCACAGCAGACACACGGCCGACGUGCCGCGGGGCUGCCAUUGCGAAUAACUUUAUGGGACGUGCCGGCCCCCGUGAGGGCGUUGGAAGAUCAACGGAGAUGCCGGCUGCUGGACCGACGGGGUCUCAAAGAAGUCAAACGCAACGGGAGGUGAAAGCGUCAAAAGACGCCGACGCGGCGGCCAUUAGUAGUUAUUUCCAGUCCGAAUUGGUGACAUCUCAGUCGCACGAGGGUGUGUCUCCCCUGGCAAAGACUAGGGCCAACGAACGGCGGAACGGGGAGCAGGAGCGGGAGAAGGAACUGCCGGCGGUUGGUGGCGCCGUUCCAACUGGGAAGGGGACGGAUCCCAAAAAGCGAGUGCUGCAGGAUUUGCCAGCGAUGCACGCGGAGGGACAAAACCAGCACGGCAGAGAGGGUGACAAGGGUGUUUCCGUGAGGAUGGACUCCCCUGGUCGCGUACAGGUGCUGGAGCAAAUGUUGCUACACCUGGCUGCAUUGAACAGACAGCUAGAAUUAGAACUUAUAGAAACGCGACGGGAACUGACGAUGUACAAGCAGCUUUUACCUGAUGUGCAGCGCCAGACCGAGGCCCAUGCUUCGUCUCAGGAGCAUCACAAAGCGAAUAGUGCUGCUCCGCCACUGAUGUCAGAUGAGAGGCGACGACAGAUGCUCUUCACAGGGCAAAAACAACAACAGCAACAAGCGGAAGAUCUGCAUGGCGGUAUUAGCGGAUGGGAAACGGCAGCGAGGAGAAUGCGCUAUGGUUACGAGGAGGGGGAGAGGGACACCCUUUCAGAUGGUGAGGGCCGUCCACGUUGCGCAGGUCGUAUGGGUUCCCCGAAGAGAUUCCUUUCAACACAACCGCCUCGAAGCAGCAGGAACUAUCGGAACCCUCACACUGCUAACGGGACAAAUGGCAAUAGUUAUGUUCCCCAUUCGUCCAGACAAAAAAGUCAUCCGAAAAGAGCAGCCGCUGUAACUUCCGUACCGUUGGCGGCGUCCGCAACCAAUCGCCGAGGUCGUUCCAUGCGACAACAUACCCGACCCCGCGGACCUUCUCAUCUUUUCGAACACCUCGACGCUGAGGAUGCGAUUGAUAUGCUGGAGACGCUGAAGCGCUCUCUCAUGUAUCGCUGCAACCACUCGCAUCAUCGAUCAACAGAAGGAGAUGUUGUGCGGCUCGCCGCGAAGUCCCGGAAAGGCACGCGGUCUGUUCCACCACCACCGCCACCACCGCCCAUGUCAUCAUCGUCACAAAGAAAGCUCGCCGCCGCAGUUGCUGGAGCGCCGGUUUGCAGCGUCUCAGCACGACACGGAAGGAACCAUGGCGUUUCUGCGGUGGGAGAUCCGUCAAGGGGCAAUCGAGUUUCAGAAACAGCUCGCAUAGCUCAUGCUCCUUCUUUUGGGGGGAAGAACUGCGCGCCGGGCCCAACCCAACUCCAUUUCUCUUCCCCUUCCAGAGGGGCUACGCCGAUGAAAAAAGACACGCCAUUGUCACGCGGCCAAGCGGCUGGAGUAGCAGCAGUAGCGGAGGGCGGUGACGGGCAGCUAGAGGCAUUGCAGAGGCGUUACUGGGAACAGUCGCGUGCGAUAUUGGAGCAGCUUGAAAACAUGCUGGCAGCUGAUUGA